AGGGCACUGAAUAGAUGGUGCUGAAAGGAAGAGGGAAAGGAUCACCUGCAGUGAUUAUUGGCAAUAAGGCACUUACAAUGGAUGUGUUGUCAGGGCAUAUACUGGUUAAUAAGGAUGGAGACAGGCUGGACCCAGAAGAUGUUUUGCAGAAUAAGAUUGUUGGCUUGUAUUUUUCUGCUGGGUGGUGUUCUCCCUGCAAAGAUUUCACCCCAAUACUCUGUGACUUUUACAGUGAAUUGAUGGAUCACUCCCACUCACCCCCACCAUUUGAAAUUGUAUUUAUCUCUUCAGAUAAAAGUGCGGAUGACAUGGUGGAUUAUAUGAACACAAUGCACGGGGACUGGUUGGCUUUACCCUGGCAUGAUUCAUACAAGCAUGAACUAAAAAACAUGUAUAAAGUAGUAGCUCUUCCAAGACUGGUGAUUGUGAAGCCAAAUGGAGAAGUCAUUACCGACAAAGGAAGAAAACACAUAAGAGAAAGAGGGCUGGCGUGUUUCAGAUCAUGGUUGGAAGGGGCAGAUGUUUUCCAAAACUUCACUAGCAAAUAAAGGCACACUAGUUAUUUUUAUAGUUUAAACAUGAAUCAAAGUAAUAGUUUACUUGUUAUCUAUGAAUAUUUUUAUAGAAAUGUUAUUUUUGUAUGAUUAUCUACCUCUGAGUAUUGAUCUUUCUUGUCUAAAUAGAAAUGUAUGAAUCCAGGGGGGAACUUAUGUUUUAUUUUUCUAUAUCUUUGCACUGGUUAUGACCAAUGCAUUUUGAUUACAAACAGCUGACUAAACAUUCCAAAUCAUGUGUAGGUUCAUGGACAGUGUUUGGAAAUUUCAUAAAAUGUUGUUGUAUUUUUUUUUUUUUACUCUAUAGAGUGUAGUAAAUACAAAUGGUACCUUUAUGCAGUCAUAGUAAAAAGUAUAAACAAAUUGGUUUCGAUUCAAUGACCUAACUAAAUCAAGUCUAUAUAUGAAGAUACAGAAUGGUCAUUCUAUACACAGUAUGAAUAUACAAAUUCAAUUC